UACACAAAUACCAGCACACACCAGAAACUGCAAAACCUUUGCCCCAAGAUGGAUUUCAUCAGCUGGGCUCUAUGUGGACUUAUCACUAUAGUGUGUCUUCUUCUUGCCAGAAAAUGGCUCUCAUCACCAACGGGUAAACUACCUCCGGGACCGUGGGGGCUGCCUUUCAUCGGCAGCCCGUGGUACCUUGGUCGUGAAAUGCACGUUCUCUUUACGGAGCUAUCGAAGAUCUACGGAGAUGUGUUGUCCGUCAACAUACUGGGUGAGAGGAUGGUGGUCUUUAGUACGGGAGAUAGUAUCAGAAAGGCUUUUGGUUCUCCGGACACUGGUCAGCUUUUCUCUGGACGUCCUCCAGUCCCCGAUAUCAACGAAUACAUGGCCGAGGCCACAGCUUUUAUCGCACCAACCGUACAGUGGUCAAAACAACGGAAACUUAUCCACAACGUUCUCAAUUUACAUGGAGAAGGUGGUCAGGCGAUCGACGAGGCGAUCGCGGACGAGUUGUCGCACAUGAUUGAGUGGCUAGAGAAGAAAGAGGGGGCAGUCAAUUUAGAUCACGUGAUAUACCCCAGUCUCAUCAAUGGCAUCUCCAUACUGCUAAAGGGAAAGAGGUAUGAAUAUGGCUCCCCGGUUUUAACCAACAUGGAAGAAUUUGACGAAGAGGCGGCCAAAGCUUUAUCUCCGACAAACACCCUCCUGAUUUCACUGCUGCCUUUCAUCAAACAACUUCCAAUAGGACCGGGUAAACACAUCCUGGCCAACCGACGAGGCCUGGAACAGUUUCACCGGGAUUUCUUCGACGAGUGCAAGGCGACUUAUGAUCCCGAGUUGACACGCGGUAUGAUUGACCACUUAUUUCAUCGCCAAGAGGAGACACGGCUGCAGGACGGACAGCCCUGGCCGGGCGACCACUUAAUCAAAGCAAUCUCUCACGAAAUGGUUGUCGCAGGAACUGUCACGACAAGGGGAGCCUUAACGGCGUUCUUCCUCAUUAUACUACAUAAACCGGAAGUGACCAGACGUAUCCAGCAGGAGAUAGACGUUGUUAUUGGUCGGAGCCGAUUGGUCAGAAUCGGAGAUCGGAACAACUUGCCUUACACAAUGGCCUCCCUGUUUGAAUUAUUGAGAUACAUUUCUCACGCACCGCUUUUACUUCCCCACGUGACAACUGAGGAUGCGACUUUCGGUGACUAUUCGAUUCCAAAGGGUACCACCUUGUUUGCCAACGCGUGGUCUGCUCAUCACGACGAGGACUUCUGGCCCAAUCCUUGGGAAUUCAAACCUGAGCGUUUUCUGGACGAACAACAGAACCUGCUACCAACAGAUCACCCGAACAGGAAGAAUCUCCUCCCGUUUGGAACCGGAAGAAGAUCAUGCAUUGGUGAAAUGUUUUCAAGAUCCCGCAUUUUUGUCAUCAUCGCAAACCUGUUACAAAGAUUUGAUUUUUCACGAGAUGACUCAAGACCUUUGCCAUCACUUGACCCAAGGACCUACCAGUGUUCUGUUGUGCUGUCCCCUCCGGAGUAUUUUGUGUGCGUGACACCACGGCAUUAACGACCCCAAAACGACAACACAGGACUAGUUAACCUGUACAUCAUCUGUGAAUCAAACCGAAAUUUAACACGCAAAUGUAUAGAAAUUAAAUCCCACGCGCUAAAUAUGUAAAACGUAUACACCGAAGAGGCUGGAUUUCGAUCUCAUAUGUGGUAUUAAACAAACCACAUGUGGUAUUUUACACCUUAUAUGCUGUGUAUUUAAUGGAGUUGUAAAAUACCAUAUGUCUAGGUUGAAAAGUAGAAGGCAAACAACUCUAACGAUCCAAGUUAUAUGUGGUAUUAUACAACCCACAUGUCGUAUUUUACAACUUAUAUGCGGUGUACAUAAUGGGGUUAUUAAAAUACCAAAUGUAUAAGUUGAACAGUUAGGGUUAGGUUUGGGUUAGACCUCUCCAGAGAACGAUAAAAAUUAAAACAGAUCGGUCAGCACCCCAGUCGGUGCUGGACACUAUCUUAAUAACGUCUAGAGCCUUUGUACACUUAGCUUUAAGCAUUUUUAUAUGAGGUAUAAAAGAUAGCUUAUUAUCUAAUAUUAUAUCUAAAAUUUUUGUUCUCCAACAAUUUUAAUCUGUUCACCACAAAAAUUAAGCUCGGGAUAAAGAUGAAGUUUCUGUUUAUUACAAAACUGCAUACCUACGGUCUAAUAUGUUGAAAAUCUAAAACUGUUUUCAGUUGCUCAUGUCUCAAUCUUAUUGAGACAAAGCUGCAACUGACGUUCGAUGUUAUUCAUAUAUUUAACGCGGUAGCAUAUCAGGAAAUCAUCAACAAAUAAAGAUCCCUCUGUACCAGAUGUUACUGUUUUAGCCAAACUAUUUAUUCUUAUGCUGAACAAAGUAGGCAAUAGAAUGCUUCCCUGGGGUACACCCAUUUCCUGCUCAUGAGAGUCAGACAGAGUGGACCCCAUCCGUACCUUAUUUCACAGUAACUUCUCAUUUUCAUUCCUGUUUCAACUGUGCAUUUGUCCUCAUCUUUUUAUUUCAAAACAUUAUGCUAAUAAAUCUUGUUUAACGUUUGUUUUGGUGUCGUGUUGCAUGGAGUCGGUAUUCAUGUUCCCCUGUUUAUAAGCCAGUUGGAGAUUUUCCUUUAAUCUUAUAUGACCACUGACAGUAGACAAUUUGUAUGCAAGAAGGUUGUUUCUGAUUGAAUGGACUAGGACUUAGUUUGAGCUUAGUUAGAGAUUAAAGCACUUGCCUGGCGGUUAAAGGGUGCACCUUCUACCAAACCUACCUGCCAUUAGUAUUCCUAACUUUGGUAUUUUUUUUCUCGUCAGGUCGUUCAAUCAUUUACAGCGUAAUAAAAGCAAUAUUGCCGGUCAGUCCACAUCA